GAUCAAAUUAUUCAUGCCAACGAGUGGACUGUGGCCUGUGAGAAUAGAAAACCGCUCUAUAUUCUUCCACGGGUCUGUCGAUCUAACGUCGGAGUUAUAGUGCUGGGGAACGAGGAUUGUCUCAGCCCCUUAUAUUUGACGAAGAAGUUCCGAUUUCCAAAGUCUCGGGAAGCCAUUAAAUCGGUAGACGAGUUGACCCUGUGUCAACGUCUUCAAUGCAAGACGUGCGAUAUGGCUCAUCUAUCUGUGACAAUACAUACGAAUCGCUAUCGUGUUUUUCAGUAAUCUUAUCAUCGGGAAGAUGCCAUGGACCCUAUAUGGGUCGCUUCAGCAUGGAAGUUCCCAUGGCGACACCGACCUCCCCAGCGCAAGCCUCGACUUGAUCUCGCUGAUACGACGUUGGUGUCAAUAGGAGGACCAGUUGCCGAGUCCAUUUGCAUCCCAGGUCUGGCGUCUUUGCCGCAAGAAGUGCUCCAAAUGGUCAGGUCCUAUAUUCCCAGUAAUCUCCUCUGGCGAUAUUCUCUCAUCCAAAGCACUGCUGAGGAGAUGUCACGACCCUUCCAAAACCCCUUCGAGCCUGAACAAGAUGCUACUUGCUUCUCUCUGGCAGCAGUGAAAGCUUGGAAACGUGGAGUGCAAGGGAUGGAUGCUGCUUGUGAUGAGAGUGAAUCAGAGUUAUUCAUCGUCAGACUUACUGUUGACUGUCUUGGCUUGAAGGAGAUCCAAAGGUUAUAG